AUGUUUCUCAACGGCGACUGGUCGAUCCGAAACCGGUGCUUUCGUGACGCGCGCCAGACCCUGAGCUGCUCGCGCUUGACGAGCUUUCGCCACCGCCAUAGCCGGAGCCAGACCCCCAGGAAGACCGAUCAUUGCGCCGGUUGUUGUUCCGCUGUCCGCGACUGCUACCAGCCAGUGUACCCGGCCGCCGCACCGCUCGCCAGACCAGUCCAGAACCCAGGAGACCAGGCCCCACCCGACGACGACGACGACGGCUUCGGUCCCGAACCGGGAUACGGCGGCGGCGGAUCAUCCCCACGUCCCCAACCACCACCACCGCCGCCACCACCCCAGCCCGGUCUGCCACCACCACCACCACCACCACCACCACCUGUUCCCCUCCAAGUAUCAACCCAACCAAACAAAAUCACCAUACACACCGCCACAAACACCACCCAAAACAGCACCGCCCCCCCCUCCCUGCUGCUGUGGGAUGAAACCGACUUCGCCCAAGGAGAAGUGCACUUCCCGGUACACGUGUGA